CUUUGAUUUUUAAUUUAUAUUCUUAAUAAAACAGCAGUGUACAGUAAUUUAAUUGUUGUUCGUUCAGAAAUUAAAGAAAAAUAAAAGGUGAUGUAGAAAUAUAUUUAUAAAAGUAUUCAGUUACUAUAAAGAUUUCUGUAUAUUGAGUACUAGAUUUUGCAUCAGUUUUCACGAUUUAUUUUCAUUCAUUUGUCUACUCAACUCUGUACAUUAGUCUACAUCACUGCUAAAGUGUACAAGUGUCAAAAAUGGCAGCGGGACCUAUUGCCGAAAGGAAUCAAGAUGCUACUAUAUAUGUGGGAGGAUUGGAUGACCGGGUGUCUGAAAGCUUGUUGUGGGAACUAUUUGUUCAAGCCGGGCCUGUUGUCAAUGUGCACAUGCCAAAGGAUAGAGUAACUCAGACACACCAAGGCUAUGGAUUUGUUGAGUUUAUGGGAGAAGAGGAUGCAGAUUAUGCAAUAAAGGUUAUGAAUAUGAUAAAACUGUAUGGAAAACCUGUAAGGGUAAACAAAGCAUCAGCUCAUCAAAAAAAUCUUGAUGUUGGAGCCAAUGUUUUCAUUGGAAACUUGGACCCAGAAGUAGAUGAAAAACUUUUAUAUGACACAUUUUCAGCGUUUGGAGUUAUAUUACAGACACCUAAGGUCAUGAGAGAUCCAGAAACUGGCAACUCCAAAGCAUUUGCAUUUAUCAACUUUGCGUCAUUCGAGGCCUCCGAUGCAGCAAUAGAGGCGAUGAACAACCAGUAUUUAUGUAACAGGCCAAUAUCUGUGUCAUACGCUUUCAAGAAAGAUGUUAAAGGAGAAAGACACGGAUCAGCUGCAGAGAGAUUACUUGCAGCCCAAAAUCCACUAUCACAUGCGGAUCGUCCUCAUCAAUUGUUCGCAGACGCACCACCAAGCAUGAUGGGACCAGUACUCAUGGCACCACCGCCACCACCCACACCGACACCAAUGCCCCCUCCUGGUCCUCCGUUGGGGGCUCGGCCACCGCCCCCUUUACCAAUGUCAGCGCCGCCGCCACCCCCUUCGUCGAUGCCACCACCCGGACCACCACCGCCACCGGGACCUCCUCCACCACCUCCGCCAUUUCAUCAUUUUCCACCACCUUUUGGACCACCAGGAUUUGGUCCUCCACCACCCCCAGGGGCCAGGCCGCCGCCUCCUUGGCGUCCACCCCCACCUUCGUUCAGGCCACAGUUCCCCCCUCGUGGACCACCUCCUUUCGGUCAUCCACCUUUCCCCCCGCACCACCCGCCUGAACCAAAUUAUAAUUAUUAAGUCAAGUUAGAUAAUUAAAUUCUAUACUUUUUA